ACCAUCACAAAUGUCUUCUCAGAUACCGUUCAAUAGGGCUUGAAAAUUUUAUUGUGGCUAGCUUUUUGUAUCUUUAUUGUUUCUAGAAGGUGUCAAGAGUUCGGCGUAUCAAUAUUCGGUGGUUUGGCAUAUUAAUACUCAGUGGCAUGCCCGAUUGUUAUGACAUUAUCAUUGUGAACUAUUAUCGAAAAGGGUAUUAAAGAAUGAUUACAGAUGAUUCCCGAAGUCAGCCCACCAGUAUUACCAUGGAACUUCAUGGAAUGCGGCAUUUUUUCAUUGUAAUAGUAUUCACCGUGUGUUUGUUUAUAACCAUCACAUCUUUAGGGGUAUUUAAGACAUAUUCGAAUAAAUUGAUUGGACCAAGUAUAAACCAUGAAAAAGACAGAGAGUUGCGUCGCCGCGGAAUUGAUCCGUUUAUGUUGCACAAUAAGUUUUUACACGCACGGUCAUUGAGUGGACAUAAGUUGAAAACGUCCGAAUUACAAACGCAAUCUGUACCCCACCAAAGACAAAUAAAGAAUGAUGCGAAAUCUUAUAUAGAAUCACAGAAAAUGAAAAGAAAAGAAGAAAGCGAUACAAAACAUCAAACAAAAUCUAAGAAAUUACAUACGGAAAAGAGAAAUUCGGUGCCCGUGAAAAAAUUGGAUUCCGCUACUCAAACAAACCACCAGGUUACGGUUAAUAAAACGAUUUCAUGGACUAAAGAUCGCGACCUUCAUAGUUCCGAGACAUCCGGAAUAACCCAAAGUGUUUCACAGACUACAGACUCUGAAAGACUGAAAUCAAUAGGUAGUAAAGAAAUCAGCGAUCGUUUUGGAACAUACCGACGUCAUAAAAUAUCGAAAGAUAAACAUACAAAACCAUUAAAAUUCAUUCCUUUAACAAAAGCAAAGAAAAACAAUUCACGUAUUUCGCUCGAUUUUAAUAACCCAAGAUUCAAGCCUUUAAAAAAGAAUAAUUAUAACAAUGGUUUAUUGAGUAGUAAAGGUGAAUUGAAAUUUAGAAGUAUGCAUAAUAGACUUGAGAAUAUGUCGAGGAGUUCAUUUAGAAAUAAUGCAUCCGAAAAUAUAUCUAGACAUUAUGGCCAUGCAUUUAACAAAACAGAAAAAUAUAAUUUCAGUGAUACGUCGUCCAUAUAUAGUAGGCGAAGAUUUAUUCCCCCGGGGAUGGCAGAUAGCCACCCCCAAAAGAACUUAACAAAUCGAAAUCAAGCUCAACCAUCUUAUGUGCUAAAAUAUAAACCCUUAAUUAACGAGAACAAAGAUAAUCCUGAUAUCAAGGAUGAAAGGGGUCAUCGUAUAGAAGAAUUUAAGAGAACAGAAAAGUAGGUGCUAUAUGCAAUGGGGUGGGGUGGGGAUCGACACUGGAAACAAAUAUAUUUCGUGAAAGUAGGAAUUUGCGAGCUGAAUUGUCGGAGUAAUUUUGUCAUUUCAAUUCUAUCAAGGAUAUUCUUCAUAAUACUAAGACGUCCAGGAAACGAUCUCUACUUUCCAUUGGUAAUCAUGAGAAAUUUAUUAUACUAAAAAAAUUUUUGAGGAAUGAUACAGGGUAACAUGCUUCAGCGUGAUACAGUAAUAUAUGCAUUGGGUUGAUACGGGAAAACAUGCUUCAGAGUGAUACAGUUAUGCAUUGGGUUGCUACAGGAAAACAUGCUUCAGAGUGAUACAGAUGCAUUGGGUUGAUACAGGAAAACAUGCUUCAGAGUGAUAACGGAAAAAAAAUGUUUAAGAGUGACAUAGUGUGAUGGAUAUCAUUGUUGUAAGUGUGUAACUUGUGGGAUAUAUUGCACACGCUACACAGCAUUAACACUUUUUCGAAACUCGGUGUGUAUUUGAGAUCUGCGAAUGUUUGUUUGUACUGUUUGGUUUUGAAACGAUCUGAUUCAUAUCAUAAAUACACUACGUACAAUUAUUAUGGAUACACAAUUACUAAAUUUAUUACUAUGCAACGGUUUCAAUGAUGAUACUCUCGUCUAUACAAAUGUGUGAAUUUUAGACUAAUAUAUACAGAAUAUGCAUAUGUUCAAUCAUUAAAUGCCUAUCAAAACUAAGCGAAUCAAACAAUAUAUCCUGCUUGGUCGUGUUUACAAGAUAAUGAAACAACUCUCUACAUCCCGGAUGUAAUGGCAACAUAUAGCAAGAUUUUAAUUAAUUUACCGUGACUAUUUUAAUUAUCAGAAGCGUCUGUGAUAUUAAUAUCUAGAUCGAAUAAUAUAGAUGUUAACUUAACUUUGAAUGCUUUUGUCACCUAAAUAUCAUGGCACUGCAAGGCGAUUCCGUAUGAGAUUGGCUGAUAAUGGUCUGUUAUAUUGAUUUUUUUCUUUAGAUAAGAAUUUAUAUAUAUUUAUCAUUUAAUA